UUGAAAGUGGAAGCUCAUAUUCAAUAUUAUUACCUGCAGAUAAUUUUUAAAAAAUUCAGAAAAUUGAAAUAAAUAUCAGAUUAAUUUAAUUCUCUUAGACUUUCCUAUCAUUUAUUUGUGUAACUUAAAAACAUGGAGAUCCAUUUUUUAGGAACGGGUGCAGCCAACCCAAGUCCAACCCGAGGGGCCUCAAGCCUUGUAGUCCGCCUACCCACUGGUUCGUGCUGGAUGUUUGACUGUGGAGAGGGGACACAAACGCAGCUCAUGAAAAGUGCCAUUCGACCUGGAAAACUGGACAAAAUAUUUAUAACACAUCUACAUGGUGACCAUGUUUUUGGUUUGCCGGGUUUAUUAUGUACGAUCAGUUUGAACAGUUCCGAGGGACGGUCCGCAAUUCAUGUGUAUGGCCCUGAGGGCCUUGGGCAGUAUUUGACCACUACGUUGACUUUGUCUGGUUCUCAGCUUAUUUUCCCUUGUGUUGUACAUGAACUUUGUCAAUCAGGUAGACUGAUGUUUUUGGUUUGUGUUUUUGCUUCAGCCUUGCUAAUGGCAUGCAUAGCUGGUGCCAGCUUUUCAGGCUACCUUGCCGAGGUUACAUGUCAUUUCAGGCAAGCUACGGCCACAGAAUAAAGACACACAGAAGGUCGACACCAAAAAAGCGUAACCGCUGCCACGCCAUGAUUUGUCAUCAAAAUGCUGACGCCAUGAUCCUGGUGACGUCCGCCAUUUUGAAUAUUAUCAGGGGGUGAAUGUCUCUCAUAUGUACACUGGCUAGGACCAUGGCAUCUGCCAAAAUCAUAGGAAAAACCAGGAAGUCGACCUUCUGUUUGUAUCUAUUCUGUGCCUACAGGCCACACCUUCAAAUUUUGCUAAAAUUGUUGUCAAUGGUAGGUAGGUACAGGUGACAUAUUUAUGACAACCUGCAGUUAUAUCAGUAAGGAUACCUGUUUAUAAUUUUGUAAUCAGUAACAAGAUAAAGGGCACUAAAGCCAAUGUCUCAAACACAGAAACAAGGCUCUAUAGCCAAGGCUAAGUACUUUUCGGAAGGGUCUGUUGGUUGCACCCCCCCCCCCCUAGCAUUCAUGCAUGGCACAGCAAUUGGUCCGUGAUUAGCAGGAGUAAGCUAGUGCUGUUUGGCCUAAUUUGCAGAAAGAGGUUUUCUUAUUCAAAGCAAUAUUUUCAUCCAAAAAUUAAAUUCAGAAUUGGUAUUCUGAAUUUAAUUCAGGAAUUGAUAUUUUAGUGGUUCAAAUUAGUCUCAACCCAAUUAGCACAUCAUACUCUGGCCUUCAUCUAUAACUGAAUUUUUGCAUUUUCUAUAUGGAAGCUAGGUAAAAGUGCCCUGCUUUGGGGAAUUGCCUCUCCCCUGCUCUGACAAAUAUAAUAUAGUGUGAGUUUUUUAGACAUGUAUUAGAGCUAUAGGCUCUCUGACAGGAAUCGAACCUGUAGCCCUGCGAUUCUCGUUGUUGCUUGGUUGGUUAGAGGGCUAACAAUAUAUUGAUAUUUGCCCUGACAAUAUAUAUACACUGUUUAAAACAUUUAUACUGUAUGAAACAUUGUAGAUGGAAUGGACAGCAAGCUGUGCAAAAUUGUUUCAACAACCAGAGAUGCAGUAGAAAACCACAUCCAAAUUGUACAAAUAUUCCCAACUGAUAAAAACACCUGGAAUGUUUUAGACAGUAACUCUGUGACAGUUUCGGCUGCCUUAUUAAAACACAGGGUGAUUUGCUUUGGUUAUGUCAUUCAAGAAGCAGAGCAACCUGGUAAAUUAAAUGCAGCCUUAUUAAAGUCAAAAGGUAUUCCUCCAGGGCCUUUGUAUGCAAAGAUUAAAAGUGGAGAGAGUAUUUAUACUGAGGAUGGUUCACAGAUUACACCAGAGGACGUACUUGGCCCACCAUGCCCCGGGCGGAAAGUGGUGGUUCUGGGAGAUACCUGCGAUUCCCAACAGAUCACAGAUUUGGCUAUGAAUGCUGAUGUACUUGUACAUGAAGCGACAAAUGAGAAUGGACAUCAAGAGAAAUGUAUAGAGAAUGGUCACUCGACCCCAGGUACUGAGGACAUCACAGCAGUUUGACGUCAAUUUGCUGGAACAAAAUAUUUGACAACUUAGGUUCUUAAGCCUCGGUCAAAACGAAGAUGAGAGUUGAUAAGAGGUGCAACUCUCAAUCGCGUUUGCCACUUAUUGGACAUCGACUCUCCUCAACUUUAAACUGGUUCAAAUUUUGAUGAGCGUUGAUGAGUUUUUGCUACCAGCGCAGGAAUAUCCAGUCAACUCUCAUGCAGUUCUUGUUCCCCUUUCACCGGAGCAUGAGAGUUGAGAAAACUCUCAUGCAAUAACGUAGUUUCCUGUGCGACCAUGUCCGAACAAAAUUAUUUUAUUCUAAUGCGAGAGGAGACUCCUCAAGGCUGGGGAGAACGCUGGUGCUCAAUGGCUUAAAAAUAACCUCUUAUGAACCUCUAUAAUACUCACAAUGGACACUAAAUUUCGACUAUACGUAUGAUGACAUGAAGUGUUGAAAAACCAGCAGGAUUUUGUAUCAGAUAUACAAAGCUCCUUCACGGUCUUGAUUUCGUUUAUUUUUCUCGUGAAUUACAAAUAAUUGUAACAUUUCUUGUUAAUAUAACUCUAGAUGGGUUUUUGAAUAUUUGACGCAAAUUUUAUAUAUACAUCGCCUGGAACAAUUGCGAAGAAUGCAACUUUUAGCCCCCAGGAAUUGAAAUUUUUAAAAUAUCAUUUUGGCUUUUUUGUUUAGGUAUGGCUGCAAGUUUUGCUAGAUCAAUCCAAGCAAAGAAGCUUAUUCUUACGCAUUUCAGCCAACGCUACAAGGGACGGGACGAAGUGUUGAAACCAGGGGAAGAAAGUGUCGUGAAACUUCUAGACGAGGCAAAGAAUGGAUUUGAGGAUGUUGUUGCAUCAUACGAUAUGCUUGUUGUAAACAUCCCAAGAAUAGAAAACUGAAUAGUUUGUAGCUGAAGUAACUUUUUUUUGUUAAAUUAUAGGCGGGUUUGUUAGAUUAUGUAAUGGCCGUUUUCCGCUAGGCGGAAUUUUCCGCGCGGAGCGGAAUUUCUCUUUGUCUUUUCUACUUAGUUCCACACGAGAAAUCACAAGACAAAGAGAAAUUCCGCUCCGUACAGCUAAGACCGUCGUCUCAUAUAAAUAAAGAAAAACUGCAAAACAAUGUCACGUUUAAGAACUUUAUUCCAAGAAAAAAUACUACCUACUUCAAGUACAUAUGAAUAUCCAUAUUUAAUUAACCGUCGGAAAAGUUAAGAAUACUAACAGUAAUAACUAAUAGUAAUAGAAUUGGCGUAUCAGUCAUUAAUAGUAAACAGAUACCAUUAUUUCAUAUUCAGUGUCGUCAUAAUAUGAAUGAAAAUAAAGAUGAAUCACCUGAAACAAAAAUAGGAAGUAUUGAGGAUUGCUUUAUUUAUAACUUUGUUCCAUAUUCUAAACUUUAUACAAAGAUGCUUGUGUGAUGUUACUCUCGAGUGUAAAUCCACACCGGACAAGCUUGAAAAAUAUGCCUGGCCACGGUGGAAAUCGAACCUACGACCUUUGGAAUACUAGCCCAAAUACUAGCUUGGGCUGGUAUUCCAAAGGUCGUAGGUUCGAUUCCCACCGUGGCCAGGCAUAUUUUUCAAGCUUGCUCGGUGUGGAUUUACACUCAGUGUAACAUCACACAAGCAUCUUAUUCACCUGAGUACUUUAUACAAACACUUACAUAACAUCAAAAAGCAUGCAAAUGUUGUGAAUUGUGUUGGUGGUAACUAUUUGUGAAAUGCCUAAAGUACUUACGUCCCAUGCUUCUGUCAUGUUUACAGACCAACAGCGCUUUCAAUGAACUGCAAAAUCAAAAACGUUUUUUAGUUAUACCGAUAGAAAAUUUUAGAUUUUUUCUUCUAGAAGACUUCUAGAACCUAAUUAUUAACCAAUGCUUUUACUUGACCUCUAUACGACUAUAGGAACAGUUCAGUUAAAAAAAAAUCAAAACAAAACUUACAUCGUCCAACUUAAACGAAGCCUCAUUUCCACGUCUGCAAUGCUUGUUGAAUGUUUCUACAAGAUUAAUGUUAUUGUUCAGUUAUAGCCCGCAUAUAAAUGUUCCAAAAGGUUUUGUCAGGCUCAUUAUGGCACAAUGCGGCAUUCAUAACAGACAUGGGAAGAUACUAAUAUGUCGGGGUAACAGUUUAAUGCUCAACAUUUCCUCUUAAUUACCAAAGUAAGGCGCAUUGUGACUCACUCGCCAAAGCACUUACCAAUGAGGCCAACAACUCGUGUGUAAAUCUGCAGGAAGUCAUCAAAGUCUACAGUUCCUUUCUUGUUGGAAUAACGGCAAGUGAUGGCAGUCAAACAACGUGUGCUCAUUUUGAUACCU